AUGAGGCCAAUGCCGACUCCCGAUUCCCCAUCUCCCCAUGCCGCCAAUGUGUGGACAACUCCCGAGUCCGCAGACCGAACAUCCUGCCACUCUUCUCAUGAUUCGACGGACGAGGUGAUGCAAGUAGGCGGCUGCUGGAACGACUUUAUUCAUACCAACGGCCUUCCUCUCGCCAUAAUGUCGAAUUGGCGCCUACCCUACACCUGGGCCUUCUCGGCCUGCGAGCCGUCCCAUCCUAGCACUGACCCUCUGAGGGAGAGUGGCGGCCCCACCAACGUUCCGCCGACGCGACCCGAUGACAUGACCGUGGCUACCAUCGAUCGUGCACCUCCUUCGCAGAAUGAAACCUCGUCUCUCCUUGCCCUUGACGGCACCUGCGCCAACAUGGUUGCCGUGACUGUCUGGCCAUCCGACCCUCGACCCCCAAUGGGCACGCAGCAUCUCAGGUUCGAUGACGCCCUUUGUUGA